AUGUUUCAUAUAGAUUGGGUUGGGCUCUCGGUCCCUUUGGCAUACAUAUGUGUCCUUGUAGGUUCCUUGAUUACAUUCUCUUCAGUAUAUCGAAGGCGUAAAGCAGCUGCAUCUGCAUCGCUCGCGCCUUGGUUUCCACCUCACAUUCAACGUGAUAUCUACCUAUCGCUACUUCACCUUGAACCUGAAAACAAGGACGGAAAAUUACUCGUUGUGCCCGACAGUCUUAAACGUGCAGCGCUCUUGAGACGAGCCUUGGAAGAUAUCCAUCGCAUCAUACAAAUCCGAAACGCAAAGCAGGCAUGCUCUUCUUUGCUCCAAAGAGGAAGUGUCGGUGAUGAUCUUUGGCAGAGAUUCUUGCGAACCGAGAAUGAAAUGGAAGAAGAGCUAGGUGAUGUAGUAAUAGAGGCAAACGGACUACAACCCAACUGGGGGCAAACUAUCUUCCAGUCUGCCAAUGAAAUGGCAGCAAACACGACUAUGAGAUCUAAACUCGAUGAAAUACAACUACGUGCCCAUAGCGAAAAAGAAUUUUGGGAACAGCGUCGCGAACACAUUCAAGCAGAGUUUAUGAAGGAGCUCGAGUCUGAGGCUUUAUGUAAAGAUAGCAAGAGUAAGCAACUGAGCGAUGAUGAUGCUGUCAUGGUCGAAGGAAGUGGAUCUUUGACAGGAGACAAAGCACGCAGCCGGAGCAGAAAGGGUAAGAAAUAA